AGUUUGACUGAAGGGAGAAUACAGGGCUUGUCCUUAACCCUGACGUCAGGGCUGUCUUUAAUAAAAACUCCAAACAGAGAAAAUCCGUCAGUGGAAUUAUCAGCGCAGGGAUGCUUUAAAAGCUCUUGAGAAGCUGGUACGUUUUGUUUUUAAAAGGAUCUCAUUCUGGGUUCAAUGCAUUUGACACUGGUUUCCAGUAAUGAGGUGGCUCCUGCCUUGUUGGAUUCUAGUUAUAUUAAUAGCAGUCAGCAUUCCUCAGGCACGUGCCCAGAAUUCGACUGCCAUGCCGCCAGUGACCGCAGUAACGGAGCAGUUUAACCGGACAGAGUACUGCAAGUGGCCGUGCAAGUGUCCAAAGAGCCCGCCUCGCUGCUCCGCAGGGGUCAGUCUGGUGAUGGACGGCUGUGACUGCUGCAAAGCCUGCGCCAGACAGGUGGGGGAGAAAUGCAACGAGGCCGACACCUGCGACUACCACAAGGGACUGUACUGCGACUAUAGCAUGGACAAGCCUAGGUACGAAAUAGGAGUGUGUGCACAUAUGGUCGGGGUCGGAUGUGAGGAUAACGGAGUGAUUUAUCGAAACGGGCAGAGCUUCCAGCCUAACUGCAAGUACAAGUGCAUGUGUGUCAACGGGGCCAUUGGGUGCGUGCCCGUGUGCCGAGACUCUCGCCCGCCCCUCGUCUGGUGUCAGAACCCCAAGAGGGUUAAAGUCCCUGGGAAGUGCUGUGAGCAGUGGAUCUGUGACGAGUCUAAGAAAGUCAGGAAGACAUCCCCCCGGCAUGUCUCCUCAGACGCAGAUGAAAACGAGGUCUGGCAUAAGAACUGUGUAUCACAGACCACUCCCUGGAGCCCCUGCUCAAAAACGUGCGGAACAGGCCUCUCGAUGAGAGUGACAAACGCCAACGACCAGUGCGAGCUGGUUAAAGAGAGGCGGCUGUGCAACAUCCGACCCUGUGAGGUCGACAUCACCAAGCACAUCAAGCCUGAGAAGAAAUGUCUGAAUGUGUACAGAGAGGAUGAACCGAAGAACUUUACCAUAUCAGGGUGCAUCAGUAAAAAGACAUACAGGCCAAAGUACUGUGGGGUCUGCACAGACAACCGGUGCUGCAUUCCAUACAAGUCAAAGACUAUCGAGGUCCAGUUUGAGUGCCCCAAUGGAUCCAUGUUCUCCUGGCCAGUGAUGUGGAUCAAUGCUUGCUUUUGCAACUUGAGUUGUAAAAACCCCAAUGACAUUUUUGCAGACUUGGAGCACUAUUAUGAUCGCUCUGAAAUUGGAAACUAAGAAGAGGAGGUUUGCGAUGUUAAACCCACCCAGCCAUCUGAUUGAAAUACAUCAGAUUAGCCCUGCAGUAAUAAAAGACAACUCUAGCUAUUGACCCACAGAACUGCGAUACACUUACUGUAUAUAAAGUUUAAAUGAUUGUUUUUCACUUGCAGGUUAAAUCCUGGAGAGAUUGUAAAGAAACCUCUUUAUUCUAAAAAGGGGGGGAGGGUAUAUCUAAAACUAACCUGUUCCUAUUUGAAGAGGUGCAUUAGUAUUAUGAAAUGGUGUUAAUGACGUUGUCCUAGGCAGGACAGAGUAACUGCUUUAGGUAUUGCCUAUUAGUAAUAUGUAGCAAACCACUUAUGGGUCCACUCAUGUUAGUGUUCUUGCUAUUCUCCACACUUCCUUUACCCUGACACUGUGUUUAUGCUGCAGACAUUCCACAAACAUUGAACUUUUAAUCACAGCGUGUGUUCUAAUAGGAAACCCCAAAAUUAUUUUUUUACAUAAAACGAUCUUCACUUGAAAAGUACUAUCCAGGACCGCUCUGAAUCCACGUGGGCUCUAUUCAAAUGAUCUGAACCGCUAUUGUAGUUUUUUCUCAUUAAAAGUAAGUACUCUAGAAUGACAAGUUCAGUUCUAAUUUAAUAAUUUAAAUGCUGGCGGUAAUUAGAUCCCCCACUGUUUAGAUCAAUGGAAUAAAGAUAUUUCUUCCACGUAUUAUUGUAAGCUACAUUCUGAGUACCGAGCGCAAUUAUAGAGGUGUGGGCUGCAGCCGAUUGGUUAUAAGUACUGUAUAUUACAGUAUAUGCAGAAUUGCAUAUACAAUAUACAGGUUUGUUAAAACCACUCAAGGUUUAAAGGUAUAUAGUGUUUGUCCACCAGAGGGUGCCCUUUGUGCAUAGUUAAUUGAACAUUUUACUGUUAAUGUUAAUGUUUAAAUUAGCCACAGUACAGCCCAUACACAAGCGCCACUUAUAGGCCUCUCCGAAUGUAAACGUUCUGUUGAAGCUGAAAAAGGAACCCAUGGACCCCAAUGGAAAUUUGAUUGUAAAACCAAAAAUCACCAGAAACUAAAAAUGUGGCAACAUGAGUUAAGUGAGAAAAUGAUAAUAAAAAAAAAAACACCAAACACGUUUAACCCUGUUAGUCCCACCAUACCAAGGCAUUUAAGGAGACGUUUUAAGGCAAAUACAUUUUUACUGUUACACUUUUCCCCUAAAUGAAGCUUUGCCACAAUGUUUUCAGCCUCCCAGAAACCAGUCCAUCUGAAAGGUUUAAAGUUCUGGUUUUAAUUAUACUGUAUGUUAAUGCAUAAUACACAGCCAGUAGAAUACUUAACUGUAAUCUAAGAUUUGUUUUCCAAAUCAGGGAUACAUAGUAUAUAAGAACGCUUUAUGAAAAGUAUAUUUAAUUCUAUAUAAAGUCAAUAUAAUAAAUAAUCAUUUGAUAUGAAGUCGCUCAUUCUUGUUUGCAUUAUUCCCUGGGUUUCAUGGUUGGUUCAAAUGAUUGGGAUAUUCCAUAUGUUCACCUCCCUGCAAUGCUAGUUAAUGCUCAUUACAGGUCAAUCAUUUCCUUCUAUUGUCUGAUCAGGGCGUUUGGAAACAAUAUUAAAAGGAGCUGAACCCUGAAUCACCAUUUUCAUUAUAACGGCAUUUAAAAAAAAAAAAAAAAAAAUGAAAAAGAAAAGAACACAACUUAAAGAAACAGUAUUUGCAAAGUUAAACAUUUUAUUUUUAAAUAAAUACAUGUUUGUCAUUAGGAAAACAGAUUUAUUCUCUCCCUCUACAAUUUUGUAUCUUUACAAGGUCAAUUUUAUUUUUUUCUAUAAAAGCAAACUUAAAUCAAUAGUUACAACUUCAUUGAAAUAUUAAGCUGUUUCAGUCGGCUCACCCUGUAGAGUACGUGCUAUAAUGAUCAAAUAUUAAACAUUGCUUUUACACUAGCACAGAUAAAAUAAAACAAAAGCUUUAAAUGCAAAUAUUAGGUUCAAUGGCACUUUUUUGUUCUGUUGGGGGAAAACAAAAAAAAAAUAACUUGCAUAGAACAAUGUAAUUUACAAAAUAGCAGUACAUUAAUCGUUUGCCAAGUGUUUAUUUUUUAUUUACAACAAGAAAAGCUUUAAAAAUGCAAUUUCCA